UAAAUAGUGGUUUAAAAAAAUGAAAUCCAAAGAUUAAAUGAGAUAAGCAUCGAUAUAUUCCUGUAUCCUAUAGCUUGACGAAACCUUCUCUUAUAAACGCAACUUCUUCUUCUUUUCUGAAUCGAUAUCGUUUAAACAACUUAAAAAAAAAAAAAAAUGAGAUGGGCAAUUUUCUUUCUCAACAGAAGCGCAAGCAGCUGGUAGGUCGGAACCGAUCAUCAGGCAAUUCGUCGAGAGGAAGAUCAGUGAAUCGCUCUUUUCCCCCUGCCAUGUCCGAACCGCAAGCUUCUUCUUCAGAAGGGGGAUCGAAUGCGAGCACUGAACAAAUUAGUAACAAUAAUAAGGUUUCCACCAUCCAGAGAAAGCUUUCCGCAAAGCAGAAGUAUGGAUUCAUUCGUGAUAAUUUCUCAACCCUUGAUCAGGUUACAAAAGCUUUAAGAGAUUCUGGUCUAGAAUCAUCUAAUCUCAUUGUUGGAAUUGAUUUCACGAAAAGCAAUGAAUGGGCAGGCAAAGUAUCAUUCGAUAACCGGAGUCUACAUGCAAUUGGUGAUAGACAAAACCCAUACGAGAAAGCCAUCUCGAUAAUCGGAAAGACUCUGGCUCCAUUCGACGAAGACAACUUGAUACCAUGUUUUGGCUUUGGUGAUGCCACCACACACGAUACGGAAAUUUUCAGCUUUCACAGUGAUCAUUCAUCUUGCCAUGGUUUUGAAGAAGUCUUAGCUUGUUACAGAAAGAUAGUUCCAAACUUGAGACUAGCUGGACCAACUUCUUAUGCACCGGUAAUUGAUACUGCGAUUGACAUUGUGGAAAACAGUGGUGGCCAAUUUCAUGUGUUACUUAUUAUUGCAGAUGGCCAGGUCACACGAAGUGUUAAUACAGGUGACAUAGAACUGAGUCCACAAGAAGAGAAAACAAUCAAUUCAAUUGUCACUGCAAGCUCACACCCACUGUCGAUUGUUCUCGUUGGUGUUGGUGACGGACCUUGGGAUGAUAUGAAGAAAUUUGAUGAUAAGAUUCCCACACGCGACUUUGACAACUUCCAGUUUGUUAACUUCACUGAGAUUAUGUCCAAAAAUAAAACUCCAGAGGAGAAAGAAGCUCUUUUUGCUCUUGCUGCUCUCAUGGAGAUCCCUUUGCAGUACAAAGCAGUCAUGGAACUUGGUCUUCUUGGACAACGAACUGGAAAAGCAAAGAAAGUUGUUCCACGUCCUCCUCCUGUUCCCUACAGUCGACCUGCUCAGCCAGAGCGUAUACCAAGCAAUGUCCCAUCGUCACCUGCAUUAGAUGACCGGACCCAGGCAUGCCCAAUCUGCCUUACUAAUGGAAAGGACUUGGCCUUCGGUUGUGGGCAUAUGACUUGCAGGGAAUGUGGGUCAAGAGUGUCCAAUUGUCCAAUAUGCCGCCAAAGGAUUACUAAUCGUCUCAGGCUCUUUGCUUGAUUUCCAUAUAUUCAAGCUAGUAACCUAUAUUUUCUGUACAGGCUAGGGUUGAUUUCCAUAUUCAAGUAACCUAAUGUAUUUAUUGAGCUGGAAACUGAAAUUUCCUUUGGUUUGAAGAGCCCCUCUGGUUUUCUCACCUGUAUUUUAUGUACUGGUUAGGGAAUUGAUACAAAAUGUUAAAGCUUUGUUUGUAAUUUCCAGAAUUAAUUAAUAAAUAGUAUCCUGGAAUGUUUGAAGAAUCUAUUUGGUUUUUUCACUUGA